AUGGUGACUUCCAGCAGUGAUUAUUCCUCUAGCUCUUCCGAUGAAGAUUCCAGGAUUCAUGUGGCCAAAGCACGUGCCAGUAUGGAUCAUGCUAAGAAUAUAAUAAAUAGCAUGCCCCUCGAUGAGCUGAAAGCCUCCCGUGAUGAACUCUUGAAUAGGAAGGCCCGAGAAGAGAUAAUAGCUAAUUAUCGGGAGAAAAGACGUAGAGUUCAGCGGAAAAUGCUAGAAUCUGAGGAGAGACUCCGAUCUCGUCCUGAUGGUGUUAAGGCCGAUCUUCAAGCUGAAUGUGACGAAGAAGAUUACUGGAAUGUAAUAAAUGGUGAUCUCAUCGAGGAUGAAUUCUCUAGUUCGGACAGUGACUCUGAGAAAGAGUUUGAAGGAGAAUCUUUAGAUGAUGAUGAUGAUGAUGACGAAUCGGAUGACUCUGACGAUUAG